CAAAAAUAUUAUGACGUUUUUCUUUUCGUAGAGAAGUGACGACAAGUGUUUAUUUGCAAGAAAAUUAAAAAUAUGGCUGCAGAAAUUAAGCCUGCUCCUAGAACACCCAAUGAUAGAUUUUCUACAACCAAAAAACCAGCACUUCUGAGUAAAUUAGAAGGUUGUACCGACGACGUUAAUGCUGCAGUUGUGAUACCUGGGGAGGAUGGAGUAAUUAGCGUUUGCGAUGAUAAAACUGUACGAGUUUGGCUGAAGAGGGAUUCAGGACAGUACUGGCCAAGUAUCUGUCAAUAUAUGCCCUCUGGAUGCACCUCAAUGUUCUACACUCCAGAGACGAGGCAAUUGUUCAUUGGACAAGAAAAUGGGACAAUAUCAGAAUUUACUCUCGCUCCAGAUUGUAAUAGGAUAAAUCCUAGUCGGGAAUACUUAGCUCAUACAGCAAGAGUUACAGCCGUAGUCUUCUCGUUAAGUUGUGAAUGGGUUCUAUCUGUGAGUCGAGACAAAAUGUUCUCAUACCACUGUAGUGAAACUGGCCGCAGGAUCGGUGGUUACUCCUUUGAGGCCUGGUGUACAGCUUUGCAAUUUGAUUCUCAAUCGAAAUAUGCUUUUGUUGGAGACUACAGCGGUCAAAUAACAAUGUUAAAAUUAGACAAUAAUGGGGCUACUCUUGUGACUACAUUGAAGGGUCAUACUGGUUCAGUAAGAGUGCUGAAUUGGGCUGCAAUACCUCAGUUACUUUUUAGCGGUUCCUUUGACCAGACUAUAAUUGUGUGGGAUAUAGGUGGACAGAAGGGCACAGCUUACGAACUUCAAGGUCAUAGCAACAAAGUGACCGGGCUCUGGUACGUGGGCGGUUGCCAGCGGUUGAUAUCGAGCGGCGAGGACGGCGCGCUCGGCGUGUGGGAGAUGGGCGUCCCGCGCAAGGAGACGCCCGCGUGGCGCGAGUCGGACACGUGCCAGCUGUGCCGCGCGCCCUUCAUAUGGAACGUGCGCGCUAUGAUGGAGAAGAAGCAGCUCGGGCUGCGGCAGCACCACUGCCGCUGGUGCGGCGCGGCGGUGUGCGGCGCGUGCUCGCCGCACCGGCUGCCGCUGCCCAUCAUGGGCUUCGAGUUCCCGCAGCGCGUCUGCUCCGCCUGCUACGACACGCUGCGCCACGAGCCACGGGAAUCCCUCGCAUCAUUCCACGACAUGAAACACGCGGUGGCUUCCCUCUAUGUGGACGAGGCGACCGGCAGAAUGUGUACCGCUGGCAAAGAUAGAGUUAUUAAGGUUUGGGACAUCAGCGUACUGCUAGCGCCGGCACCGAAACCCGGAACCAGCGACCAAUAGCCUAUUUGAACGUCACACUUCGUCCACACGAUCGAGACUCGCUUAUAACAUUGGUUGUAUGUAUGUAUAGUCUGUGCACUUCCGAUCUAAUCGACGUGCAUUAUCUGUGCAACAUUACGGCAUGUUCGAAUUUCAAAUGAAAAUUAUUCUUCUUUUAAGCGUAAGAUGUAUAAUCUUUGAAAUUAACGUUUACCGUAUAGUGAACGCUAAUUUUUAAAUUUAUUAAAAAUAGUAAAUUUAUUUUUGUAAAUUCGUGCCUACGCAGUAACCAAAAACACAGAAAGGUCGCUUUCAAGGUCGAAUAGGUAAUAAUGACCAUCUUAUAGUUUUUAAAGGAUGUGUUAAUCUUCGGAGAUUAGUCAUUGCAUUAAAGCAAACUGUAGCGGAUAUAAAAGAUAGAUUUUUUUUUAUUAUUAUUUUGCAUUCUUAAAUAGUUUCUAUUUAUAUGAUUUGAUUGUAUUAAAAUAAAAUGUACAUGGUCCAACGAAUGAUUUAAUGUAAUUUUACGUUUAUGGCUAUAUUAUUAUAAUGUAAGACUGAAUCUUUCAGGAUAAUAAAUUAUGAAAAGAUCUUGAGUAUAUUCGUGUAUAUCGCGUAGACGUAUUAAAUGUUAAAUGAAACAUUUCUAUAUAUUAUAUUUGUAUUUCAUUGUAAAACUUAAUAUCAUUUGUUAGUUAUAGAUUGUUUGUUGAGCACAUUUUGUAAAAUCACACGCAACAUUAUAAAUAUUAGAGCUCAUCAUAUUUAUUUUUAUAGAUUUGUUUUCACUUUAAAUUCAUCUAAUAAUAGACUUCACGUGAAUGGUUGGAAAAUGUUUUAACUAUAUAAUUUAUGUGCAUCACGCUGUGUAAAGACAAUAUUUGAAAUAGAGGAUAAUGUAUUAUUUUUAAUAUCAUAUUUUAAUUUUGAAUCUAACAAACACUUCAUGAAAUUUCCUAAAAAAGCAUUUUUUAGCAUACCAUUUUUUAAUGUAAAUAUCUCUUUAAAGUUUGAAAUUUAUUGUUACUUAAUGAAUAAUUCAGUUUCUGUUAAAAGGAAACAGGGUUAAAGGAAUAAAUUAAAACAAUUUAAAAAUGUAAUUCAAAAUUUACUAGAUUCUCUGAAAUUAAAUUCUAAAAUCUUAAAAAUAAAUAACUUUUCGCUAAAUAUUAUUGAAAAGUCGAAAAACUUAUUCCGUAGGUCUUCUUUUGGGGGCAAAAGUUCACUUUACUUGUCAUAUUAAGUAACUUCAAGUACGUAACAUUCUAGAUCUUAAUUUUAGAUGAAAUAUACAACUUUUACGCCCUGUAUAAAAAUUUUAUGUAUGCAAAUACACCUAUUUAAAUUAAUUUGUCUUCAAAAAUUUACUUAAAAAAUAAAUAAAUUUGGAGACAGCUAUUUACAAAUAAAUUUUUGGGUCGGUUAUAAAAUUAUCUAUUAUCAUCUGGUAUGAAAACUUAAAUAUAUAUAUAUAUAAAUUUGCCUUUCAUAAAAAGCUCUAUGAAUAUAUACAGAAAAAACUCUGAAACCUACAAUACAUAAUUUAAUCUACAUUGCUAAAAAAUGAUGAAAUACUAACGAAUCAUUUGGCAACAUCGCGUUACACGCUCCAUAGCUUGCCUAUAUUCUAACAAGGUCUAUAUUACAAUUUACAACAUAUUAAUGAAUAUAACAUGGCAUUUAAUUAAGCAGUAGUUAAUUGUAAUAAUUGGCUACGUCAAGUCGAAACGGUACGCGGUACAUUUGAAGUUUUUAUAAGUUCGAUUAAUAUUUCAUUUGCUUCCGGCGUGGACCAAUUAUUAUUCAUUGGUGUAUAAAAUCGAUGUAAUGGUUUCAAUCUAUUGCUAUAGACACACGGAAGGGUUAAAUAUCACUGCAAACUGUUCGAACAAAUACAUCGACUUGAGAGCAACGGUUGCUAUUAUUUCAGGCACCUUUUUUUUUUAUUUAAGACUAUUUAAUUGUAGUUUUUAAAGAUGUUAAAUUCCAAUGAAAUUGAUUGAAUGAUUAGAAUUGUUUGAAAUACUACAAUUCGCUUGUAACACACAAAAGUUUUAGUUAUAUAUUUAUAGUCACUGUUGGUUUAUACGUUCGUUGCGUAAAAAUUAACAUUACCAUAAAUAAUAUAAUCUGACACCUGCUAAUGAGUAUUGUGUUUUUCAAGCGAUACAUACGGUACAAGUUAUGACAUUGGAGUAAAUUAUAAAUAUAUGCAUGCAAAUUCAAAGGGAAAAACCUUGCUUUUAUAUAAACUGUCGCCAAAAUUAUGUAUAACGGUAAAGUGGUCUUAGCGAGACUAGUCUAUUUGUAGUUUGGUAACAUUGUAUUUAAAUAUAUUUUGUCAUUGUGCUACUUAUUAAAAUAUUUAUAAUUUUAAAAUAGUAUAUUAACUAUACUAAUUCUUAAGUAUGUUAUGUAAGUUUUUGUUGAUUAAGGUUUGUAUUAAAGAUAUAUUUCUAAAUAAAUAAAUUACGUUUAUGUUA